UUGAUACUAUAUGCAUUCGUUAAUAAAUCGCUGACCAUGGCGGAGUUGUUACAAUCAAAAAUUGCUCGUCUUGGCGAACUAAGUUCUGCCGAAGAAAAACAUAAUAUCCUCUCAGAGAUUAAAAUCAAGUUGGGCAGUUUAAAUAAUACCGAAGCCGAGCAGGUCUCCCGUCAUCUAGACAUCGGUCCAUUGUUUACUCAGUUAACCACAAAUGACAGUGAAUUUGUAAAUCAAGUGUGCGAUAUUUUGAAGACGCUAUUCGCUCUGUUAAAGCCCGAGGAAGUAUACGAAAAAUAUUCUGUACAAUUAUCUCAAUUGAUAACACAUUCAGAUGCCAUAGUUAGGUCUAUCGUAUUGCAUGAAAUUUCAUGCAUUGCAUCCAGUCCAGAGAAGAUAUCUUUAUUUACUGGAAAUGUUGGUUUACUUGUUGCUAUCAUAAAUAGGAUUGCAGAUGAUGACUUGGCAGUAGCAGAACAUGCUAUGUCUAUAAUGAAAGAAAUUGGUAAAAAUGUGAAUGGUUUGCGGAUUAUCUAUUCGGGCGAACUGUUACGAAGUUUUGCUAGAUUAUUGGUAAAAAAUGACACUGUUAGUUUUCGAAUAUACGAAGUUGUCGUGGACAUAGCAAAAUCUUCUAAGGAAGGUUUGGAGGCAUCUGCUAGAUCAGGAUUUUUGAACAGUUUAUUCGAGGUUCUUGAGAACAAUGAUAUAUUGCUACAGGUAAACGCAUUAGAAAUUUUAACGCAAUUAGCAUUAAAGGAAGAAGGAUUGAGUUACUUAGAACAGCAAGAUGUGUUGAAGAAACUGGUUCAGAAAGUAGCCAAAACCAAUGAAAAUCCUUUGUCGAAUUUACUAAUUCCUGGUCUAAUGAAAUUUUUCGGCAACGUUGCGCGUCACUGGCCCAACGAAAUCUUUUCAAAAUAUCCAGUUGUAGUGUCCGCGUUGUUCGAAGUAAUAGAAAGCGGCGAUCAAGCUAUUCUCGGUGUUGCGUUAGAUACGUUGGGAUAUGUUUCCGCGAGCGUGGAAGGUAAAUACGCUUUACAAGCUUUGGGAGAAGCAAUGCCAUGCGCGUUAAAAAAAAUUGCCGAAGUCAUACAGAAAAUGCCUACGAACUUAAGAAUUCGUGGACUCAACAGUUUAGCUCUUAUACUCAAUGUACCGAAAGCAGAGCAGGAUAAUAGAAUUUUGUCGUUAACAAAAUCUUGGUUCGAUUCUCUUUGCAACGAUCCGCUGGAUAUGAUCGUAGCGUUGUGUAGACAACCGUUCGCGGACAUCAGACAAGCGUGUUUAGAGGUAUUGGCAGUUGUAGCGUCGCAGGUGUGGGGACAAGAAUACAUAUCCACUUAUCCGGGCCUUGUAGAAUUUUUACUGAACAGAAACCUUGAAAGCUUCAAAGAAUGUAAGGAUGCCAAAUACGAAGUCGUUACACAGCUGUCGCAAGCUGAGCAGGAUAUAUUCGAUGCGAGUACGAUGCAGAAAAUUAAAGAAUUUAUCGAUCAAGGACCGUACUAUGUUGAAAUCCAUACCGAGGUUGCGAUAGAAGGUGGCCAAUAAAAUAUAUUAAUUUUAUACGAAGACGUCACGAUGCGUGAAGAAACAAAUAAUUUUUCACAUAAAGUUUUUACAAAAAAUAUAUCUUUAUUUAGUUUUCGUAUGUUACGCACGAAGAGGUAUGUAUUCUUUGGUGGGGUGAGAAUAUGCGAACAUACAAAGACAAAUAAUUUAUUUUAUAAGUAACAUUACAUAGAAAAGUUAAGACUACAUGUUUUUGCGGCAAUGCAAAAGCGCACGUGAAUUUUACACCAUGUUUGUAUCGUGUCAAUGUUCUCUCGUUGAUACAUGAUAUCUUGGUUUUUUUUUUUUACAUCAAUUACAUACAAUAAAAACAUAUAUAAAUAACUUAA